AAGAGAUUUUCGUCGGCGCGACCAACAAACAAGGAUAUUUGUAAUCAUGCCCGAUUUUGUCUUCACGUUUCUUUUUAAGUCUCGAUCUCAAGAUGGCAGCGAAGGGAAGCGACAAGGGUAAAGGCAAGGAUAAGGCUAAUGCCUUAAAAGCCAAAAAAGCUGUCAUGAAAGGUAAUCGUAAUGUCAAGGACAGAAAAGUUCGAACCAGUGUCCACUUUCGCAGACCAAAAACCUUAUCUUUGCCACGAGCAGCUAAAUUCCCUCGUCGAUCUGCACCAAGACCCAACAGAUUGGAUCAAUUUGCUAUCAUCAAACAUCCUUUGACGACAGAAUCUGCUAUGAAAAAAAUCGAAGAUAAUAACACUUUAGUCUUUAUUGUUGACACACGAUCCAGCAAAGCACAAAUAAAAUUAGCAGUCAAAAAAUUAUACGAUAUCCAUGUUGCAAAAGUUAAUACCUUGAUAAGACCGGACGGCCUAAAAAAAGCUUAUGUGCGACUUGCCACAGAUUAUGAUGCAUUGGAUAUAGCAAAUAAGAUUGGAAUCAUAUAAAUAUAUGGAUGUUUUCCCUGAAAAAAAAUCCGUACAGAAAA